GGGAACUGUAGUCCGUGGGAGCGGACUUCGCGACUGCCGGGCUAUUAACUCCCCCGGGGCCUCCCAGCGGCAGUACUACCGCUCCUGGCGGACUCGCUGCGGGGUCGUGAUGCUGAUGGCAGCCGCCGCCGAGCGGAACAAGGAGCCCAUCCUGCGCGUUCUGCGGCAGUACGUGGACCCUGCCCAGCGCGGCAUCCGCGUGCUUGAAGUGGCCUCAGGCUCCGGCCAGCACGCGGCCCACUUCGCGCAGGCCUUCCCCCUCGCCGAGUGGCAGCCUUCUGACGUGGACCAGCGCUGCCUGGACAGCAUCUCGGCCACCACUCAAGCCCAGGGGCUGUCCAACGUGAAGGCCCCGCUGUACCUGGACGUGACGUGGGAUUGGGAGCAAUGGGGCGGGAUCCUGCCGCACUCGCUGGACCUGCUGCUCUGCAUCAACAUGAUCCACAUCAGCCCCCUGAACUGCACUGAGGGGCUCUUCAAAGCAGCAGGACACCUGCUCAAAUCCAAGGCACUGCUCAUCACCUACGGGCCCUACGCUGUCAAUGGGAAGAUCUCUCCCCAGAGUAAUGUGGACUUUGACCUGACCCUCAGAUGCAGGAACCCAGAGUGGGGGCUGCGGGACACAGCAUUCUUGAAGGACCUGGGCCAGGCCAGCGGCCUGCUCCUGGAGAAAAUGGUGGAUAUGCCAGCCAACAACAAAUGCCUGAUUUUCCGGAAAGAGUAACCCCUCCUGCAUGCAUAUGUCCCCAGUGAGGCCUCUUCUGGGACAAACCCAGACAACCAGCCCCUGCCCUGGACCAGGCCAUGCAGACUGGCCCUGCCCAUUCUGGGGGCUCUUGAUCAGUGGCCACAGGGCUGCUGAGAGCCUGGGAAUAAAGUGCUAUUUCCUGA